UGUAUCCUCUGUUUAAAGUAAUUUGUAUGUAUAUUCAUACUUAUUGUAAUCAGAUGUAAAUGUAAGGGAUAAAUACUAAAUAGGUCCAGUUGAAAGUUUUUCUAAAACUAGCGUCUUCUGUUCGAUAAUCUAUUGCUCAAACGAUCUGAAAAUAUGGAGGCCCCUACCAGUCCUGACCAGAUAAUACAUGACCUUGGAGGUUGUGGACGUUACCAGAUUCGGAUGAACGUAAUUGUUCACGUGAUCAAAAUUGUCGUCUGCUGGAGUGCUAGCGCAAUGGUCAUUGUAUCAGCAACACCGAACUGGUGGUGUAAUGAUGAUGUUGUUUUAAACGAACUAAACAUGACGUCCUGUAGAUCGGUUGAAAACGGAAGUGAAGUCAUAGCUUGUCCAAUGAAGUCUUGUUUUGCAAUUAAUGAAACAAAAUGCUCAAGUUUUGCUUUCGCCCCUGGCAUGAAUACAAUCGUUAGCGAGUUUGAGUUGGUCUGUGGAAAAUCGUAUAUCCCAAGUACAGUGAUGUCGGUUCAAGUUGGAGGGACUCUGGCUGGCAAUAUUAUGGCAGGUCAAAUAGCAGAUCUCAUAGGACGUAAACGCCCCUUCUUCUCUUCUAUUGUAACAAUUCUUGUUUUCAAUUUGAUCGGCUACUUCUCCGUCAACUGGAUAAUGUUUGCGGUGGCAAGAUUCUUUGUUGGCAUUGGAAUGGGCUUUUUCCUGUCAAUACAGUACAGUUUGCUGUCGGAGUUUUCUUUAGCCAAAUGGCGCGUUUGGAUAAUAGGAUUUCCGUCAUGGCCAAUAGAAGCGUGUAUAUUUGCUCUGGUUGCGUGGCUUGUACAAGACUGGAGAUACAUACAGCUAAUAAUAGCGAUAUUGUCUGUACCUUGCCUGGUAGCAUGGUUCUAUAUUCCGGAAAGCUUUCGUUGGUAUAUUGCGCAUGACAGGCCUGACGAUGCGGAGAAGAUUAUUAAACAAGUGGCAGACUACAACAAACGAGAAUUAACGGAUAUAUCUCAUCAUCUAGAAAAUCAAAAAGAUACAAAAGAUAGAAAAUAUACUUUUCUUGAUUUGUUUAAGUCGAGGCAGUUAAUCAGGAUCACGUUAUUAUCUACCUUGAACUGGAUAGGGCUCGGCCUUGUUUCAUAUGGUAUUUCUUUUGGCGUGCAAUCGUUGUCUGGGAAUCUGUAUCUAAACUUCUUUCUCUUCUCAUUGACCGGUGUCCCGUCUAAAACGAUUGCACUUUGGCUGCAAAAUAGAUUCGGACGGAAGAAGACGACUAUACUGUGUUACACUUGUGUUGCAAUUGGUGGCUUUGUUGUUGGUAUUGUUCAAACAAUUGAUGCCCCGCAUAAAGAUGAAAUAACCAAUGCAUUUGCUCUUGUUGCCAAUAUUGGUAUUUACACAGCCUGGGGACCGGUGCAACUUAUGACUAUUGAACUUUACCCAACAGUUAUAAGGACUAUCGGAUUUGGAAGUUUGAGCGUCAUGGCAAGAAUUGGGGCUAUGGUUGGACCACAGCUUGUUUAUUUGAAUAUGUUUGUACCAGGAUUGUUGUACUAUGUAUGUGGAGCAGUUGCUAUAUUGAGUAUUCUAGCAUGUCUUGGACUUCCGGAAACUAUGAAUGCUAAUCUAAGUGACAAAAUUUCAGAUGCAAGGGGUAAAAUGACACUACAAGAGAAAUGAUCGAUGUUUAUUGUACUAAAAUGAAAUCACUACGAUGUGUUACACAGAAUAUAGUUUGAGAGAAAAUGUAUGGUGGCUGAUUUGGAACGCGUCUGUGCGUCAUGUUGUCGCUAAGGGCGAUUUGUCGGUCUUUCGUCCUGUCGUCCAGUCGCUAACGAUGUAUGCCAAACGGCGCGUUGUCAUGCGGCAUGUUGUCGCGAUGUCACAUUGUCGCUCGGCUCAAAUCGAAGGUUUGACUUAUAAACCAAGCGACAGGAUGACAUCGGAACAACACGCCGCACGACAACGCACCGUUUGGCGUACUUCGCUAGAGACAGGACGACAAGACGACAGUUCGACAACGCGCCGUUUGGCGCGUUUCGCUAGCGACAAGACGACGAGACGAAAAUGAGAUUACGAUAUAGGUUGUGUUGUCGCUAUCGUCAACGUAACGCGCAAAGUGUAUCAAAUCAGCCACCGAAAAAUUAUAAUUAUGUAAUUUAUUUGCAAGCAUUUUCCUUUAUAUUGACGUUAUAUCUAUGUCGUUGGACAGUGGGCAAGACGUGUACACGUGAUAGGGUCAAGACGUCAAUCAACGACUACCUGAAUUGUCA